UGACUCUCGCCCUCCUUCCUCCGCCACCGCGCGCCCGCCUCUCUCCCGUGCUCCAUCCGCCAUCCAAUUAACGCCAACAGCAACAGUUUCGAUCGAGGGCGCGGAAAUCACCCGCCCGCCCGGCCAUGAAGUUCACCAAGAGGUACGAGACGUACAUGCGCGGGAUGCGGACGGCGGCGGAGCAGCAGCUCCCCGCCGUCGGCCUCAAGCGCCUCAAGAAGAUGCUCAAGAAAUGCCGCUCCCACCACGCCCCGCACCACAAAACCUCCUCCGCCGACGCCGGCGCCUCCUCCGCCCGCUGCCACGGCCAUUGCUCCGUGUGCGACGGCAGCUUCUUCCCGUCCCUUCUCGACGAGAUGUCGGCCGUCGUAGGCUGCUUCAACGAGAAGGCCAAGAAGCUUCUUGAGCUGCACUUGGCGUCGGGGUUCAAGAAAUACGUCAUGUGGUUCAGCAACAGGGGUCACAAGGGCCAUGGGAAGUUGAUACAGCAGGGCAAAGAUCUGGUCACGUACGCGAUCAUAAACGCCGUGGCGAUGAGGAAGAUCCUGAAGAAGUAUGACAAGGUACAUUAUUCGAAGCAAGGGCAGGAGUUCAAAGCGCAAGCCCAGAGCCUGCACAUUGAGAUACUCCAGUCCCCAUGGCUGUCUGAGCUGAUGGCUUUCUACAUGAACCUGAGAAGAAGCAAGAACAACGAGGCUGCGAUGGAGCUCUUUGGCGACUGCUCGCUCACAUUCGAUGAUGAACAGCCUACGCUCUCGUGCAACCUCUUUGACUCUAUGCGCGUUGACAUCAGCUUGACAUGUUCGAUUUGCUUGGACACAAUGUUUGAUCCGGUCUCUCUUUCGUGCGGGCACAUAUUUUGCUACUUGUGCUGCUGCUCUGCUGCAUCGGUGACGAUUGUCGAUGGGUUGAAGUCCGCAGAUCACAGAUCAAAGUGCCCUUUGUGCCGACAGGCUGGGGUCUUUCCUAAUGCUGUACACUUGGAUGAGCUGAACAUGCUACUAAGCUAUAGUUGUCCGGAGUACUGGGAGAAGAGAAUGCAGAUGGAGCGAGUUGAGCGUGUUCGUCUGGCUAAGGAGCAUUGGGAGUCCCAGUGCAGAGCAUUCUUGGGCGUCUGAUGGAACAUGCAGACUUUCUACAAAAAUGGGAUUUCCCAUUGUUGUUGGUUAGAUCUUGAUUUGGCAUGACUGUGUAAUAUAGCUGGAUCUAUCCUGCUGAAUGAAUUGGUCUGUAAUUGGGUGGUCACCUGUGCGCCUAGAUGUACAAAGGGGUAAGUAAACUUGUACUGAUUAUCUGAAUAUAGAAUCGCAUGUAUAUUUACAGUUAAUCCAGACUGUUUGGGUUUGGGAUUUUGAA